CCCGGUGCUCUGUGCAAGGUUUGCGGCGAUCGGGCCUCGGGCAAACACUACGGUGUGCCGUCCUGCGAUGGAUGCCGUGGUUUCUUCAAGCGCAGCAUCCGCAGAAAUCUCGAGUACGUGUGCAAAGAGGGCGGCAAGUGUGUGGUGGACGUUUCGCGACGCAACCAAUGCCAGGCGUGCCGAUUUGCCAAGUGUCUGCAGGCCAACAUGCGCCGAGAAGCCGUCCAACAUGAGCGAGCACCCCGGAACUGUACUCCGCUGACUGCGACCGUAAGUGGUCUCUCCGCACAUGGCGAUUACUACGCAGCCCGGACGUCCUUCGCCGCCCUGCCCCAGGCCAACCUAUUCUUCCCACUUCCACUGCAUAUCACAGCGACAGCGGCUUCCGGACCAUUUGCGCCCAUCGCCGAUCCGGGCCGUUUUCUUUCGCCAUACGCAGCCCAGUCACUCGCAGCUGCCGCGGCCAAUUCCACCAGCUUUGAUCACUUUCCACCGCCAAUACCACCACCACCACCACCGGCACCAGCCACGACACGAAGGACGUCUCCGACGGCUUUUCAACCAACGUCCACCGGUUUAGCGCCGGGUUCGGGACUGGUGCAAGUGCCAGUGCCUCUGCCAGCUUCAACGGCGGUCUCUAAAGCGAACCUGGUGAGCGAGGGAAGCCAGAUGGCCACCACAAUCACGGAAUCCAUGUUCAACAGCAUCACGGGAGACUCGCUGGUUCUUCCGCCACCGCCACCAAUCCACUCGAUCAGUUCGAUUCUAAGUCUCAGCUCGGCAAAAGAGAACGAAGUCAGCAGCACGGGUGAAGAAAGUCCUCCCCGUGGCUCGAGUGGCCAGCAACAGCAACAGCAGCAGCAGCAACAGCAGUACCAUCAUUCGGUAUUGUUUGGCCAACCGGGCAGUAUCACCGGUUCGAUGCACGCCGUCAAGAGCGAAACGGAUAUGCUGCUAGAGUCUGCCGCUAAGCUGCUGUUUCUGGCAGUGAAGUGGGCGAAAACGGUGCCCUCGUUCCUGCAGCUGCCAGUCAACGAUCAAAAACUGCUGCUAGAGGAGGCAUGGGCCGAACUGUUCGUAAUCACUGCGGCACAGUGGGGAUUGCCGAUCGACAAUGAAUUCAUUGCGCGGAAUCCACAGGCCGUGAAGCUGCAGAGCGCCAUCCAGCAGUUCGGCAUCGCACGGGUGGACUAUCGCGAGGCGGCCUGCCUGAAAGCGCUGGUACUGUUCCGACCGGAUCAACCCCGCCUAUACGCUGCGCACGAGGUUUUGCUGCUUCAAGACCAAACCGUUGCACUGCUGCACGAAAAGUGCGGCGGCGUAAGGUUGGGCCAUCUGCUGCUACUUCUGCCGGCCAUUAAGGCGGCGGCCAAUGCGAAGGUACUGCAGGAGAUGCUGUUUCGCAAAACGGUCGGUGAAGUGGCGAUCGAGCGUCUGCUGCUGGAUCUCAUGAAAACAUAACACAUGGUGCGAUAGUUUACUCUUAAAUGUAGCUUUUAGCGGAUGUAGUACCGGUAUGGGUGGAUUAGAAAAUGUCGUAGAAUUAGUGCCCUUUCGUGUUAGAUGGAGUUGUGUUAGUGUGUUCCUUAGAAAUAAAGUAAGUGACCGUGUACAGAACUUCUAAAGUGCAGUUCAUGUGUAUGAAAACAGGAAAUAAAAACCU